AUGGAGGAACGAGACCAGUGGGGAAGCAAAUGCACUUUCCUCCUCUCCCUCAUCGGAAUGUCCGUCGGAAUGGGAAACGUCUGGCGGUUCCCGUACGUCGUCUACGACAACGGCGGUGGGGCAUUUAUUAUUCCGUACAUCACACUCACGAUGAUCGCCGGAAGACCGAUGUACCUGCUGGAGCUCAUCCUGGGCCAAUUCUCCGGAUACGCACAGACAAAAGCCUUCGAUGGAUACCCGAUAGCAAAAGGCAAGCUGCAAGAGCGUGUUCACGUGCCUGCAAUUUCAUCAUCCUUUAUUUAUUCCUUUCUUUCUUUGUUUCUUUCUUUCUUUCUUUCCUAUUUUCUCAUUCCGAAAGUUUUGAGAAACUCGCUCUUCGUAAAAUUAUUAAAUGGUAUAUACAUGCAAGAACUGUGCCCACUGCAUGUACAAAACGACAAAACAUGCAGUCGAAGGGAACACCUCAGCGAACUGCCUGUUCAAGGCGUUGCGCCACUUCAUCUUCCGGAGCAUUGCGUGGGUUGGGCCAUGGUGUACGCCUCGGUGUCGCUGGCAGUCUUCAACAGCAUGGUGCUGGCCUACGUCAUCAUUUUCCUCUACUACUCGCUGGGGGGCACGACGACGUUGCCGUGGACGCAGUGCGACCCCUCUUGGGCCGACGAACAGUGCUACGUCAAGGAGGAAGGCGUUUUUUCCUGCAAGGAGGUGGAGCAGAUGGCGCUGAACAAGUACAAGCCAGAGUGGCUGUUCAAGUUGACGCCACAGGGUUUGGCUCGCCUGCACGAUGGAAACGACACCUCGAACCGCACCGUCUUCGAGGGAAGGCCGUUCGCCAGCAGCUGCAUCAAUGCCACUCAAAUAUCGUCGUACCAUUUUUUCUACAAGAAAGUGCUCGGGUUCAGCCCCCAUAGCAGAGAACAAGGUUCGUACCAGGCCCACCUUCUGCUCGCCGUGGCCCUUGGCUGGUGCUGCGUGUUUGCCUGCGUCCACGAUGGCAUCAGGUCGCUGGGAAAGGUCAUCUACAUCACCACCACACUGCCGUUCGGGCUGCUGCUCAUCAUACUGGCGCGAGUCCUCACGCUGCCAGGAGCGUCUGUGGGGCUCAAGUUCUUCAUCGUGCCCAAGUGGAGCGAAGUCCUGUCUGUCACGCUCUGGAGGAGAGCCGCCGAGCAAGUGAUCCUGUCGCUAGGCCUGGGCUACGGCACCGUCAUCUGCUAUGCCGGCUUUGGCAGGCUUCGAAACAAGCUCAGGAACGACCUGGAAGUAGUCAUCGCGACGCAGUUCUUCGCCAGCUUCGGUUUCGGCCUGGUCGUCUUCUCCGUGCUUGGCUUUCUGGCGUCAGAUCAACAUAUACAUAUCGAAGACAUCAUUACCUCUGGCUUCGACAUGGCCUUUGUGGCCUAUCCAGAAGCCGUGAGCCACUUCAGGAACGCUCCCCUGUGGGUGGUCUGCUUCUACGUGGCGCUGUUCUGCAUGGCACUCAACGCCCAGUGCGCCACCGUUGAGGCCGUGCUGAGUCCCGUGAGGGACGAGUUUUCCCCCACUAUGCGACCUCGCCGUUGGGUUAUAGCCGCCACUGGGUGCCUGGCGCUCAUGUUCUGCGGGUUGCCCAUCACGCGACACGAUGGAAUCUUCACAAUGAAAAUGAUCAACGGGUACUUCGGCGAUCUGUUGCUACCGAUGUUGGCGUUAUUCGAAAUGUGUGUCAUCGUCCAUGGAUACGGUUUAAUUCGUUUUUGUCACGAUAUUUGCUUUAUGCUCAAGAAAUGGCCGUCGUUUGAGCUAAGAUUUUCAUGGAAAUACACCUGCCCUGCCGUUCUCCUGGGCCUUUGCAUUACAAACGCCAUGUUCUUCGAGAAACUCAAGAUAGCCGGGUACGACCUACCUGUAUGGGCGACCGGCGUUGGUGUAACACUCGUAUUUAUAGGUCUGGCGAUUGUUGUUGCCUUCUGUGUGUACCACCUUUACGUCUUUGAAUGGGACUACGACGCGGCGAUGAAGAUCAGCGACGACUGGGGUCCUCGGGACCCCGACGAGAGGUUGCGCUACCACGCGUUCCUUAAGAGCCAGAACGUCGGAGCCGUGGUCACCCUGAACGAGGACGCGACCGACGCCCCCAGCCAGGGACAGUCCUCCGGCGAAGAAGGCGAAAGCCACAGUGGUGACCAGCGCCCCUCCGAUGUUGUCGGUGCCGAAGAGACACCUCCAGACGCAACGGCGGCCUCGUCGGACACGUGGGCGAUGCCCACGGCUCCUGGAGUUCACUGGGAGGGCGACGCGCAGCGUUCGGGCGCAGACCGCAGCGAGCGGCGCGGACCGGUGCGCACGCUAGUCGUCUCCAAGUCGGGCGUCAGCGUCGUCACCACGCCGCUGUCGGACGGCGAAGAACAGCCGCCCGAAGCCGGCAUCUCCUAGGCGGCUCUCUUUCAUUGUAGAUUUGUAAACGCUACUUCUCUUUUCGAUUUACUUAGAGACAUCAAACUCACGAAUUUAUCACGCCUUUUCUCGCUGCCAUUUUUUUCCCCGCCGACCAACUAUCCUGUUUCCUGGCCGUUAGUCGGACUAAGAGACUCUCGUAAUUCACUUUCGAAAACAAUCGUCUUUACGACGAUUGUUGUUGAUUUCUUUAUUGCUUUUCCUCUUUUUUUUCUUUUUCUAAAGAUUUUAUUGUCGACAUUCUGGCAGUGCUUUCUUUGUAACGUAGAAAAAUGCACUGCACUACGGAAACGCCUGUAAUUUCAAAUAGUCGUCCUUUCAUUCAUUCAUUCAUUCAUUCAUUCAUUCAUUCAUUCAUUCAUUCAUUCAUUCAUUCAUUCAUUCAUUCAUUCAUUUCUUCUUUCUUUACUCCUUUCUUUCUUCAGGCUCGUCGUUUCUGCGCACUGCAGAGCCGCAGAUACCUCAAGUGUUUGUGCCGUAUAAAUACAACAGGCUCCAAGCAGGGACGGUGUUCUUUCUGUGCAUGCAUGCCUUCAAGUGUGUCGUCUUUCCUUUCGAAAACAACAUUCACAUUCUUCGCCGUAAUCUAUAAAAUGUUAUGGUAUAUUACCCCCCUAUUAAUAUGAAGAAAACGGCUG